ACAUCCAAAAAAAAAAAAAAAAAAACCUUCAACGACAUUACAGCGUUCCAUCCGAAACCUUCAAACGACGGUCAAAAACACCAUCCAUCCAUGCCAUUCUGAAACGCUUUUUGUUUCGCUUGAACGACCGUCGUUUCGUUCCGAAAUGGGGACUCUAACGAGUUGCAGCUUCAUGCCUCUGAACUCGGAGUUCCGCUCCAACCCGGUUCGCCGCGCCUUCAGGGAGAGGAUUCAGUGCCAUAAGCUCACGCGCUUGAGGGGCGCCUCCUCCUGCUUCUUCUCACGCGCGCGAGUACCCAAAUGGGGCAAGUCGAAGCUCUCCAAUUUUGAUAGCCUUAGGUGUUUUGCUACUAAUAAUGACAACAACAGUGACGACGGCGACAAGGACAGUAACAACGUUGGUGCCGCCGGAGAGGAAAGUGGUGGCGACGAUUCGAAAUCCAACGUUACGACGACGAUGCCCGAAGAAGAGAGAGGAUUCACUUCGCAGAAAUCGACGCCUCCUUCCACUUCUCAGAGGUCGUCUUUGUCAUCGCUUGGACCAGCAUACAACACUUUUCAAGUUGAUUCUUUCAAACUUAUUGAGCUCCUUGGGCCUGAGAAGGUUGAUCCUGCUGAUGUAAAGCUGAUUAAGGAUAAGCUUUUUGGGUAUUCGACCUUCUGGGUGACGAAAGAGGAGCCUUUUGGAGACUUGGGAGAAGGCAUUCUUUUCAUUGGGAAUUUAAGGGGGAAGAGAGAGGAUGUUUUUGCCAAACUCCAGAAUCAGCUAGUUGAAGUCACGGGUGAUAAGUACAACCUUUUUAUGGUGGAGGAACCCAAUGCGGACAGUCCUGAUCCACGCGGUGGGCCACGUGUGAGCUUUGGUUUGCUGCGGAAGGAGGUUUCUGAGCCGGGGCCGAUGACGCUUUGGCAAUAUGUCAUUGCAUUGCUGUUAUUUCUCCUAACUAUUGGUUCCUCAGUGGAGCUAGGAAUUGCAUCUCAGAUCAACAGACUUCCUCCAGAAGUUGUGAAAUAUUUCACAGAUCCGGAUGCUGUUGAAGCUCCAGAUAUGGAGCUGCUAUUUCCAUUUGUUGACUCGGCUUUACCUUUAGCAUAUGGUGUCUUGGGGGUUCUUCUGUUUCAUGAGGUUGGACACUUUCUAUCAGCAUUUCCUAAACAAGUAAAAUUAAGCAUACCUUUCUUCAUUCCAAACAUUACACUUGGCAGCUUUGGUGCUAUUACACAGUUUAAAUCCAUCCUUCCUGAUAGAAGUACACAAGUAGACAUAUCACUUGCGGGUCCCUUUGCUGGUGCUGUAUUAUCAUUUUCGAUGUUUGCUGUUGGCCUUCUUCUCUCAUCAAAUCCAGAUAUAACAGGAGAUUUGGUGCAAGUACCUAGCUUGUUGUUUCAAGGUUCCUUGCUUCUUGGAUUGAUCAGUAGAGCAACCCUUGGUUAUGCAGCAAUGCAUGCUGAAACAGUUCCAAUUCACCCUCUUGUGAUUGCAGGCUGGUGUGGCUUAACCAUACAAGCUUUUAACAUGCUUCCAGUGGGGUGCCUUGAUGGUGGAAGAGCAGUGCAGGGUGCUUUUGGAAAAAAUGCGCUAGUGGGCUUUGGUUUAACAACGUAUACAUUGCUUGGAUUAGGAGUGCUUGGUGGACCUCUUUCACUUCCUUGGGGACUUUAUGUUUUGUUAUGUCAGAGGGCACCAGAGAAACCAUGCUUAAAUGAUGUGACAGAGGUUGGAACAUGGAGAAAGGCACUUGUGGCAAUUGCUAUUUUUCUUGUUGUCUUGACUCUUGUUCCUGUUGGGGAUGAGCUUGCAGAGGAACUGGGUAUAGGUCUUGUAACUGCAUUUUGAUGUUUAUUUAUGUGUACACUAAGGCCAAUUUUAAUUAAAAUUGAGUAGUGAAAUAUAUAGGUAAUAUCGUUACCAAAGAAGCCCAAUUCAAUUACAAUUUAUAAUUACAAUUUAUAUGCGAUCCCUCGUAAUAAAACCUUCCUUUACUUU